AUGAACGGUAAUAAUUGUAUUCAACAAAAUGAAUAUACAGAUAUUGUAAAUAUGCAAAAAGGAAAGAGGAAAAGAAAUGAUGAAGAAGCUAGUGUGGGUUUAAAUAAUGUGGAAGAAUUAUAUAACGACAGUAAUAUGUAUAAUAGUAAUGUAGAUUUGGAUAAUAAUAUAGAUUCAAGUAAUAGUCUAUACAACUAUAAUAAUACAGAAGGUAGUAAAAAUAAUUAUAUCAAUGAUAAUUAUGAAAAUUAUAACAAAACUAAUGAUGUAGAAAAUUUGGAAAAUAAAGAUAAUAGAAGAGGGGAAUACUCAAACGGGAAAACAAAUAAUAUUAAUAAUAAUAAUAAUAAUAUUGUUGAGGAAAAUAAAAAAUGUUAUGAUGUUUGUACCAUGUCACUUGACGAAAGUGAGCAUGAAAUUGUUAUGGAUAAUGAUAAUGAAAGAAAAGGAGUAAAAUCAUUUAAUGUAAUAAAUGAAAAAACGAAUGUCGAAAUAUUUAGUGAUGAAGAGUCUACGGAAUCUGUUUCAAAUGAUUAUGGAAAAUAUAAACAUAUGAACCCUGAAGAAUUAAUAUCAUUAUACGAAAAUGAAAAUGAUUUGAAAAAUAUGAAGGAGGAAAAUAUUCAAUGUGAUGAAUAUUUAGAUAAAAAUUAUAAAGGACAAAUAAUUAUUGAUGGAAAAAAUGAAGUAGAUGAAUUUCUAUUGGUUUCAAGAAUAGCACAUGUAGAUUUAUGUAAUCAAAAGGAAGAAAAUGUAUCAGAAAUAAAAAACAUGAAUGAAUUAAAAGUUUCAUAUGAUUCUGGUAUUUCCGAUUCUGAUGAUUCGGAUGAUGAAAAAGAAACAUAUUGUCAAGAAAAUAUAUUAUGUGAUGAUAGACCUACAGAUUCAGAUUCCAUUACCAUGUUAAAUGUAAAAUCGAAUAAAUUAAAAGAUAAUUUGAUAGUAGAUGAGAAGUUUAAAAAAAUGGAUUUUGAUUUAAACAAAAUAGAAAUGGAAGAACAAGAUUAUAAUAAAGAUAAUGCAAAUUUGAAUGAUGCUUAUGAAGAUAGGCGAUCACAUAAUGAUGUAGAAGAAGGUAAAAUUAGUGAGUUGUUAAUAGAUGAAUUAAAUGAGGACAUAAUUUAUGAAGGGACAGAUGAUGAAGAAAAGGAUACAAAACAGAUACUUAACAAUAUGGAUAAUACAUUGGUUGUUUGUACUAAUGAUAUAAUAAAUAAUAAUAAUAAUAAUAAUAAUGUAGACAAUUCAAAAGAAGAAGAAAAUGUUGUAUUAGAAAAAAUAGAACCAUCCAUUUCAUAUGAUGUGAAAUUUUUAGAAAAUAAAAAUAUGUGCAAUAAAAAAAUAAAUCGAAUAAGAUUAAUGGGGGUACCCGAAAGUGUAAAUGAAAAUAUGGAUAUUAAAAAAAUAGGAAAAUUAAUUCAAUUCGAAAAUGAUAUAUUAACAAUUCAGUCUGAUCCUUGUGAACAUUAUUUAAGUGUUGCAUCUGUUUUAUGUUUAGAAAACCGUAAAAUUAUUGGCUGUAUAAUUAAUGUAAAUUCAAAUGAAACGGAAGUUUUUUAUUAUGCCAAAUUAAUGUUUCCAUAUUUGAAAGAUGAGAUAAAAGAAAAUAUUGAUAUUUAUGUGGAUGUAAAACAUUCUUUAUAUAUGAAUGAAGGUACAACCGGUAUAUGCUCAGAAUUAUUUGAUGCUUUUAAAAAUGCAUCCAUUCCAUAUGUCUUUAUUAAUUAUAAUGAUUUGUAUAACAUUGCAGAUUCGCAAAUGCAUGACAAAAGCACCAACAAUAAUAAUAACAAUAUUGAUAAUAAUAAUAAUAAUAUUGAUAAUAAUAAUAAUAAUAAUAAUAAUAAUAUUAAUAAUCAUAAAACUUUGAAUAAAAUAAUUAAUAUAUCACAACCAAGUUGUGUUGGUACUUAUAAAACAUUCAAAGAUUUUUAUACCCAUAAAGUGUUAAAAAAAAAUAGCAUAAAUAACAGUUAUAAAAAUAUUUCAAAAACAUUUGUUAAAACACAUAAUCCAUAUAAAUAUAAAACUCAAAAACCAUCUGUAGAUAAUAAUAUAAUGUAUAAAAGUAUAAAUCAUAAAUAUAAGAACUUAACAUAUGUCAAUAUAAGAAAUAAUCAACCAAAUAAUGUAAAUAAAAAUGUGAGUACAAAUAAUAUCGUAACUCCUAAUACAUUAUCGAAUGGAAAUAAUUCCAAUGUAACAAUGAAUAUAAGAAAUGUAAAUUCAAAAAGUACAUUUCAAGUUGGUUCAAGUAAUCAGGUGAAUAGUGAUCGAAGUUUAAUAAACAAAAAUAUUUAUAAUGUUCCUUUACAUAUGAAUAAUUUUUAUGUACCAUAUAAUUGUAAUGAACCUAAUAUGAACACAAAGUAUAAUAAAAAUUUCAAUAAUAAUAAAUAUACACAUAAUUUUAUCAAUAAUCCACAAAAUUUGAAUAAUAUAGCAAAUAAUAUGACAAAUCCUCCAAAUUAUGGAUAUAAUACAUACAGGAGAUAUAAUUCCUUAAGUAGAACAUAUCAUCAAAAUAAUAUAAACUAUGAUAUUAAUAUAAAUACCUUCCAAAAUGCAACAACAAUUAAUAAUCCUAAUGCUCCCCCAUGUGUAGGAAAUAUGAAUAAUUUGAACAAUAUUAAUAAUAUGAAUAAUGUAAAUAAUGUAAAUAAUGUAAAUAAUAUAAAUAAUUUAAAUAAUGUAAAUAAUAUAAAUAACAAUUAUACAUUUCUUAAAACACAACCGCGUAAUAGUUUAAGUAUAGACAACUCCAAAAGAAUGAGCUUUAAUCGAAAUAGUUAUAUAUCAAAUGUUCCAACAAAUAAUUAUAAUAACAAUUUUUAUAAUCAAAUAAAUAUGAGUACAACAAAUAAUAUAAAUAAAACCCUAAAAUAA